CUUUCGAAAGGGCUGGUUCCGGGCUGGGCUGAGCGCAAGUCGAAUCUGCUGACAGGGGUCCUGGGGCCGCGGCUGGGGAAUGAAGGGUCCUGAGGGGGAGCACAGAGCCUCUCUGAGGCUGGGGGCCGCCCCCCUGGAGCCAGGCACCCGAGGCUGAUGACAUGAGCCUGACUCUGUACCUGCUCCUCCUGGGGCCCCUGCGCUGCUCCUUGGCCGCGGCCCCGUGCAAAGAGGAGGAGUAUCCGGUAGGGGCCGAGUGCUGCCCGAAGUGCGGCCCAGGUUACCGGGUGCAGGAGGCCUGCGGGGAGCUGACCGGCACGCUGUGUGUCCCCUGCGACCCGGGGACCUACACGGCCCACCUCAAUGGCCUGAGCGAGUGUCUUCAGUGCCGUGUGUGUGACCCAGCCAUGGGCCUGGUGACCAGGAGACAGUGCUCCAGAACAGAGAACACCGUGUGCGUCUGUGACCAGGGCCACUUCUGCAUUAGUGAGUCGGGGGACGACUGUGCGGAGUGCCGUCCCCACACCGCCUGCAGACCUGGCCAGAGGGUACAGCAGAGAGGCACUGAGUGGCAGGACAGGGUGUGUGAGGACUGCCCUCCAGAGACCUUCUCGCCCAGUGGGACCCUGGAGGAGUGCCAGCCCUGGACCAGGUGCAACGGCCCUUUUCAGAGCCUUUUAAAUGCUGGGACCAGCAGCUCCGAUGUCAAGUGCUCCUCCUGGAGCCUUUCUCUUUUUGUGGGCUUGACCUUUUCCGUACUUCUGCUUGGUGGCAUAAUACCCAUAGUCGUCUGGCUACUGAGGAAAAGGAUGAAAACCAGACGGUCACCUGGGGGACCCGCCAAGGGGAGACUCUUACAGGUCCCGCAGGCCCCGCCGGACGUCACCACAGUGGCUUUGGAGGAGACGGCAUCCGUGUUUCCCGGGAGGGACCAGCCCACCAAUCGACGGCUCUAGGAGGCGGACGUCUGAGACAUCUCGGGCAGUGCCCGCUCGAAGCCGCCAGGCCCCCGAGGGCAGACUGUGGGCCCUCAGACUCGACACAGCAGAGGGAUACCGGCCGCCGCUCAGGGGGCUCGGGGACCUCACACGCCUCCCAUCAACUUCGCGGGGGCCCGCCUCCCUGCCACCUCUGUGCUGUCCACGUGUAGACCCAGCCCUGUGAGGACACCGCCACUCUCGGCUCCAAGCCUCGCUCACUCCCAGCCCCUCUGGGCCUCGGCUAGCUCGUCUGCAGGAUGGGCCUGCCCGCACCUACCUCACAGCUGCGGCGACACUGGAGGGACCACGAAUGCGGCACGACACGUGACUGUCACGUUUGCAAGUGAUUUCUAAAUUGGAGGUGUUUGUUUAACAAAUACAAAAUUGCUUUUUAAUUUCUCGUUAAAAAGUAUAUUUUGGAAGGAUGCUUUGAGAGUAUGUAAACCUCCUGUUUCUCCCAAAACUUUCAUCCACUGAUGAUUUAAAAGAUUUUUUUUAUUAAAAAUUUUUUUAACGGUUAUUUAUUUUUGAGAGAGAGAGAGAGUCAGCGAGUGUGGGGGAGGGACAUAGAGAGAGGGAGAGAGAGAAUCCCAAGAAGGCUCUGAGCUGUCAGCACAGAGCCCAACAUGGGGCUCGAACCCACGAACCGCGAGAUCGCGACCUGGGCCGAAGUCAGACGCUUAUCCGACUGAGCCCCCCAGCGCCCUGACGAUUUUUGCCUGAAAAGUGAUUGGGAGGGUUUCCAGUCGGGGAUGUGACUCCCCCUCGUGCACUAGUGAGUUAGCGUCCGUGGACGAAGCGCUUCCCCUGCGGGCCCUACGGUGGCCCGCACUUCCUACUUCGACAGCGGAUUCUGAUACAUGACUGUCAUUAUUUUGAGGCACACGUUGUCCCAGAUUUGUCUUACAAGACGCUGUUUGACUCGUUUCUGAUGCACAGCCCCUGCUCUGUCUCCCGAGAAUCCAAGGAGCUCAGCAACCCACACACCGGCUUCCAGAGCAUUCUCCAUCAAAACCACCAGGCUGCUCCUAGAACGGCUGGCCCAAGCCAGGGCCUCGGGAGUGACAGGCUCACCGUGAAACCUCCCUUCAUACAACGUUCGAUGCGGCCACUCAGUGUGCAUCAGCUCAAAGCGCCCCCAGAAGGUCCCCCUGGGGGUUAUGUCCGAGUCCUCUCAGGUCACUUUCCUGCCUGCCCGUGGCCACCGGGGCCACCAGGCCACAGGGCCUAAUCCCAGCACCUAAACGGCACCAGAUGGGGCAGUAAGGAUCAGCAGAAGCCCCCAGUGCCUCUGGACCAGCACCCCAGGCCCGGGGUGCCCUCGGGCUCACCUGUGCAGGCUGACGGCCAAGCUCACCAAGGAGACUAUAAAUCCCACCCAGAGCGUUAGCGAGGCGCUAGCUCUCCAGUGAGACGUUUGCACAUCACGGGUGUGUCAGAAUCUUCGAAAGCACCACAGAAUUCAAGAGGUAAUAUCUCCCAGAACACAUGGUUACAGACAGCACGUGCAAUGGACCGGCUCCGACCCCUCACUGGGCCAUUUUAGCCUUUUUUUUGUCUUUCGGGAUGUUUUUUGCCCUGAUUCUAUUUUCUAUUAGGCACCUUUUUUUUUUUAUGUUUAUUUAUUUCUGAGACAGAGACAGAGCAUGAGCGGGGGAGGGGCAGAGAGAGAGGGAGACACAGAAUCCGAAGCAGGCUCCAGGCUCUGAACUGUCAGCACAGAGCCCGACUUAAGGCUCGAACUCACAAACCGUGAGAUCAUGACCUGAGCUGAAGUCGGUCGCUCAACUGACUGAGCCACCCAGGCGCCCCCCCCCCCGUUUUUUUUAGAAACACUGCCAUGGAGAAGAUGCCCAUAGGAUCCCAGAGACCAACCCAGAGCCUCAGACAGGAGCUCAGAAAUACAGGAGGAUACAGGCAUUCACGGGCUCUUUAACUGAUGUGUUUAUUUUGUGCUGAGAGCAGCCCCCCCCUUUGCCAGUCUGGGGGUUGAACGAGUUAGAGGUUUCCAGAGGGAAGCCAUGGGACAGGUUAGGACAGGCUGGUCCCUGCUCAGAGGGACUCAACACACAGCAUCACCAGGUCCUGGCUGCUGGGCCCACCUCCCAGCCCUCGCAAGGCCCCCCCCCCCCCGUCCCUCCCUUCUCCUGCAGCACACGGCCCUGAGCCCUCAGUGGCUGCCCACCGAAGGCCUGAGCCUGCUCCCCCUCUGCAAACCCCACCCCCGUGACCACUUCACCCCUGCGUCUGUCUCUGCCUCCACCUCUAUCCCCUUGGCUCCUGCCUCCGCCCAGUGUCUCGAGGGAGCGGAGCAGGGCCACUCAGGCCAGCAACCCUGCGUCCAUCGGGAGAAGCUGUUUUCUGCUACCAGCUCCCUUCCCUCUGGCCAGCAGGAGGCUGGGGCCUUGCUGGCCUGGUGGGUCCUUUCUCUGCAGGUGAACUGGGGGUGGGGGGUGGGGACAGGCAGGCAUCUCCUUGAAGGAGCCCUGAUGUUGGAGCUGCACCUCAACCUUGGGGAACCAGGGUCCAUGCCCCCCUGCUCUCUCAGUCCCUGGCAGGGUCCCGAGCCCUUCCCUUCCCCUGACAGCUCUCUUCCAUGGACCUCAGGGCCCCUAGGUCAGCAGCCUCCCCUACGGCUCACCCCACCCUUGGCUCACUUCCUGGGUAGCUCUUCACCGGCCCCAUGCUUCCCUCCAGGGCACAAGGAGCCCCAUGUGGGCUGGUUUCCAGUGCUGGGGGUGGGGGAGGGACACUGAACCCCAUGUCCUCGGUCAGUGUGCUCUCAUGAGGCAGCUCUGGGUUCUGAGGGCAGGGGUCCUGGUGCCCAGGGGAGGGGGCUUCUUGCCGAACCCGGCACUGUGACCCAUGGGGCUCCCCCUGCCCAGGGGCCAGGAGGCAGGAGAGCAGUCCGGGUCUCGGUGGGCGUCCCGGACCCUGAUCAGGAGGUCUUACCAGGCACGCAGGCAGUCUUCACGCAUCUUUCAGAACUCCAGGUCCAGGUGUGGCGGACAGCGGACAAGUGCCCUGGUGGUCACAUCCUAGAACUCUCCUUGACCCGGGCAGCACCCCGCAGGAGAAGGCCGGCCUUGCAGGAGGAUGCUACUAUUCACUGCCUCAGUGGGAGGAAGGAAAGCUUCCUACUACCCAGCAACAGUCCAGCCGAUGAGAGACUGUCACAGCUCAGCCAGUGAGAAACAGUCACAGCCCAGCCAAUGAGAAACAGUCAUAGGCUAGCAGCCCAGCCAAUGAGAAACAGUCACAGGCUAACCAAUGAGAGCCUCUCACAGCUCAGCCAAUGAGAGACUGUCACAGGCCAGCCAAUGAGAAGCCACUACACUUCAAGCUCUGUCUUAUUCCAGUGAAGUUAACAGCCUAUCCCAGCUCCCUCCGUGCUCUACGAAGGAACCUCCUCCGGGCUUUCCUCUGCGUUGUUGUCUGCAAUUGCAUCCUGGAUUGCAGUUCUCUGCUAUUCCCAAAUAAAACCAUUUUUUUGCUGGUAAAGUAACUGGCAGUGUAAUUUUUUAAGGCUAACAAAGGAUCUAAUCAACAAGGGUCCGAUGCAAACCUGUAAAACAGAAUUGAAACUCGAAUAAUGAAAAACAGUUAUGUUUUAAAUGAAUAAGACAACUACCAAGAAAAACUAACCCUAUGCUGAUGAGGGAAACAAAGGCAAGAGAAAUGUGGCUUAAAUUAAAAUCUCCUUACAGCUUGCUGCCCACUGACAGACACCUGAAACAUGCCAAAGGUGACCUUCCUCGAGGAAUUCAUGGCUGCAUCGGUGCCUUAAUGUUUAUGUCUUAUUACAGGCUAAAAGUAACCUUAUCUUAACAGCAGCUAGCCCCUCAAGGUCCUGAAAGCCUUGCUUCCAAAUUCCUUAGAGACUGCACUGUCCAUAACCCUCA